AUGGAGAAAAAAAAUGCUGCAAUCAAGAUGAAAAAAAAAUUACUUUGUGAACAGAACUUGGAAAACUUGAAAGUUUCCAAGAGGAAGUAGAAAACAACUAUGAAAUUGAACAAAUGAAAGAACUCGAAACAGCUGGAAUGCUGAAAGGUUCCCUCAAAGCUGACCAGCAGAUCACUCUCAUUAGUGGUUGCACAGAUUUAAAAGAAGCAGUAAAAGAUGCCAUUUAUGUUCAGGAGUGCACACCUGAGAAUUUAGAACUGAAAAAGAAGAUUUUUUCCCAGUUAGAUCUAAUAGUCAGUAAUGAUGCUAUCCUAAGUAGUUCAACCUCCACUCUGUUGCCUACAAAAUUAUUCACUGGAUUGAAGCAUGUGAAGCAAUGUAUAGUUGCGCAUCCUGUAAAUCCACCAUAUUAUGUACCUCUUGUUGAAUUAGUUCCUCAUCCAGAAACAGAUCCUUCUACAGUGGAGAAAGCCUAUGCUUUGAUGAAGAAUAUAGGACAGUCACCAGUUAAAUUAACAAGAGAGAUAGAUGGAUUUGUUCUGAACCGACUUCAGUAUGCUAUUAUUAGUGAAACAUGGAGACUCGUUGGGGAUGGAGUAAUAUCACCAGAUGAUCUAGACCUUGUGAUGUCUGAUGGCUUGGGAAUGCGGUAUGCUUUUAUUGGACCUCUGGAAACAAUGCAUCUAAAUGCAGAAGGAAUGCUGAACUAUUGUGAUAGAUACCGUGAAGGUAUUAUCCAUGUCUUGAAAACCUUUGGACCAAUACCAGAUUUUGCUGGGGAAACAGAACAGAAAAUCAAUGAGGCAAUGAUUAAAAAAACUCCAAGUAACCCAGAGCACCUAAAUGCCAGGAGACAAUGGAGAGAUGAAUGCCUCGUGCGCCUGGCCAAACUGAAAAAGGAUAUUAAAUCGGAGGACAUGAACCAUCUUUAAAGCACGGCGUCAGGCAUCAUCAAGUUGGCAUUCGAAAGGACACUCCCUUCCCGGGCCAAACAUUAAAUCAUGAAAGUCAUGAUUACAAACACAAAAGCCAGUUGAGCCACUUAGUCAAUUUAAGGCUGGAACAUUUUUUAUCUGAAACUAGUUCUAAAUGACAUUUUAAAGCCAUAGUUUUAAAUACCUUGGUAGAGAUGCUUGCUUUUUAAGGGAGUGCUGCAUAGAAAUGUAUUUGAGAGUAGUUUGCGAUUCUCAUCUUUGGAACAAUUGGGAUGCAAAGCAAAAUUUAUUUUAAGCAAGAUUCUGAAUACAGUAACUUCACAAACUGCAUUGCUCCUGGGCCUUCCUAAUUAAAAAUAUUUUUAAUAUAUCAGUCCUUGGUUCAUAUCACUCUUAAGCAACGGUGUAACGGAGAACAGCACUAAUAUUUAUUUAAAACUAACCUUUUAAAGCCUUGCUUGUGAUUAAUUUAGCCCAAGCAUCAGUUGCUUUCUGCAUGGAUAUAACUAUGUUGACAAGGAAAGAAAAUGCUUGUUCUUCUGGGCUACAUUCUCUUCUGUUCAUCUUCUAAGGGCAGGAUAAGCCGUGACAUUCAAGUGUGUACUUAUUCUCAUUGUAACCAAACAGGCUUCCAAUAUAGUUUUAUAUGAAUAGGUCUUACAUUCAGAUCAUUGUGGUUCACAUUAUAGGCUUUGUGCUAUAUUGACUGAUUUUUAUCCAGACUGGCAAUAAUAUCGACAUGAGAACAAAGGAUAGCGACUGGAAGAUAAUGUAGCCCUUAAUCUGAUCCUGUUGGCAGUUCUUCCAGCUGCAAGGGGACAUCUGCUGCUCAGAAAAAUUGGAGUGAUGUCCUUAGUAGUUCCUUCUUUUUAGGCCAUGGAUGCUCUGGGACUCUUUAUCAAGCAGCAGAUGGAUUAGAUUAGAGCACAGUUUUAAAGAUGCGGAAGAUUCUUGGUGUUAUACUGCCCAUUACCAGUUGGCUGCAAAAUAAAACACAGUGAUUCCAAAGCAAGAUUUCCUUGCAAUAUUCCUUCUACCACAGAAAGAAUUUUCAUUGCCAAGAUGUCUGAUUAAAACAAUUUCCAAAGAAACAGAUGACUUGGGUUUUAGCGUUGCUGACUAACAACUGCCUUUUGUAAGAUCAGUAUGCCUGUCAGUGGGAGCGUCUUUAAAGAUUGUACCCAGAAGAAUAAAUCCAUAAACCCUGAACUAAGGGCAGAAGUUGCUGUCCUAUGGGCUACAAACUAGAGAAUGCAACUGAAAUCCCUGGAGACCUCUUGCUUUAUUACAUUUAUACAAUAUGGAGAAUUCUUUUGAAUUUUUCUGUAUGUCUUAACUUGCACUGGAGAUCAUUCAACUGAGGAAGUACCUCCCUGUCUUCUUUGUAAAGUAUGGGUGACAACUACAAUACCAAGGCUUUCUUGAGUAGGUUGCUCAGACUUUGGAACUCCCUGCUUUGGGAGACCAACCUAGCCUCUUGUGACAUUUUAUAGCUUGUCCUGACAAGAUAGACUUUCAAUGAAUUAAUUAUCAUAACCCUGUAGGAUUUCAUAUUUGGCUGAUAAGGCUUUCUUUUUGUACUGACCAAGAUUGUGUUUUGAAUUUUUAUUAAUAAUAAUAUUGUCACUGGGGACUUUUGGUCCAAAAUCAGUAACUUGGGCAUAAUGUUAUAUUACACAUAAUUUGUUGCCAAGCACUUGUUUUAUUAACUGCUAGAUUCCAUUAGUACAAAGCUUAAGAAAGUUAAUUAGAAAAAAAUAUUUAAAUGCCAUCAUGGUAGACUCUACAAUACUUUUAGAUUAACUAUCAUUACAUUAAUUAAUUUGUGUUAAAUUGCAACAUUUAAUAACUCUAAAUUUUAUGCUUAUUUUUGUUCUGAAUUCAUUAUAUUACAAGCUAUCUACACAUCUAUGCUUUGCUUGCCAAUAAAUAUCUGUAUCACCCUUGUAUAUUUGUAUGCAACUAUUAUAUAAUUAUUGCAUUUUAGCUUUUUAUAAUCAAGGAUCAAUUGGUGGGGAUUCAUUACACAAGUAACAUGAAUUGCUGUGAAUGUCAUAAAAUUAAUGUAUAUUAAACUGCCUCAUCUG